AUGCGGCGAGGAGACAUGUUAAGCCAGGCGUGCAGCAGGCGGCGCCCUCGGCCGGUGAGCCACUUCAAUGGCGGAGGUAGUGAGAGCGUCCGCCCUGAGCCGCCUUCAAUGCGGAGUAGCGCCCUCUACAGUGUCAUAAAUGCAGGCAGCUGGAGCCAGGCGGGAUGUGCACGCGGGACGGGGGAGCCCGGUUACAGGUUCCUGCCAACAAAGCUCAAUAGAAGGAUGAAGGCGAAUGCCCGUGAGGUCGAAGUACUACUGAAAGGCGUAACCACGAAGAGGGAGAGGGCGAUGGUGGAUGGCCACGCCGACAACGACAAUCUGCUAGGCGUGAUGAUGAAGUCCAACAUGAAAGAAAGCCAAGAAGCCGGAAGCUCCAAGCCGACGAUGACCACCGACGACAUAGUAGGGGAGCUGAAGCUCUUCUAUUUCGCGGGCAUGGAGACAACCGCGGUACUGCUCACAUGGGCCAUGGUCGUGCUAAGCAUGCAUCCCGAGUGGCAGGACCGCGCCCGGGAGGAGGUUCUCCGCGUCUUCGGACAGAACCAGCCGGAUUCUGAGGGCAUAAACCGACUGAAAGUUGUGACGAUGAUACUAUAUGAGGUUCUUAGGCUAUACCCACCGAUUCUACUACUUGGCCGGGAGGCGUAUAAAGAGACAGAGCUGGGAGGCGUCACAUAUCCAGCCGGCGUUACAUUUGCGCUGCCAAUUAUGUGCAUUCACCAUGAUCCAGAUGUGUGGGGAGAAGAUGUCGAUGAAUUUAAGCCGGAGAGGUUUGCGGAGGGCAUUGUUGGCGCAUCCAAGAACUCGCCGGCGUUCUUUCCGUUUGGCUGGGGACCGCGGAUUUGCGUCGGGCAAAACUUUGCAUUGCUAGAGGCCAAGAUGGGAUUGAGCCUGAUCCUGCAACACUUCAUGUUCGAGCUCUCACCGUCCUAUACGCAUGCGCCAUGCCCGGUCUCCACUCUGCAGCCCCAACAUGCUGCGCAGAUUAAACUCAUGAAACUCUAA